GUAAGUUGAGAUUAUUUGAGAAACAACAGCAAAAGUUACAUUGUUCAUAGCUAAAAUUUUAAACUUUUCUUUAUAUUUAGAUAAGCACUCAAGAUGAUUGUUGGUUUCAACUACCUUGCGAUGAAAAUAACGGGAGCAAUGCAUUUGACUAAUGGAAUAUUUUGUCUCAUUUGUUCAAUAAUCGGUUUUACAACACACAGAUACUACACCAAUUACAGUGGAUAUUAUCAUCGUAGUUUUUUUUAUAGUGAUCUGUCUGUAAGGAUUGCUGCUGCAUCAUUUACUACAAGUCUAUGGAUUAUUGUAGUUGGAAUACUUGGAAUUCUUACUGGUAUGAAGUCAAAUCCUGAACACAGAACCAAUUCACUGAAACUUGCCUACAUGGUCCUUGCCAUUUUGACAGCAUGUUCCUUCGCAUUUGCUGGAAUGACUUGUUUUACUUUUCAUUCAUUAUGGAUUCUUUACUAUGGCGUUUAUGGCUUAUAUGUUUUAUUUGCUUGUGCUGCAUUUGUUAUGGGUGUGGAAUUUAUUUUGGCUAUUGUUUCUUCAUCAAUUUGCUGUUGCUGUUCAGGAACACGAGUUGUACAAACUACUAGUAAUGUUGACAUGCAAUCCGGCCAGGCGUUCACUACUCCUCCAGCAUAUAUACCUCAAGCAUAAAAUUUACAUAUUUUGUUAAACUGAGAAUUUUUUAAGAACAAUAUAUAUUUUAAAACUUACCAGUGUUUGUAUUCAAAUUUAAAAAUGUCUAUUCUGCAAAACUAACCAAGAUAUUCUAAAUCAA